AUCAGCCCCCAAUUCCAAACGAACAGACAGAUUGGACGCAAACAGCAGUCGACUUCCACAGUUUCACCAUGCAGACCAUCGCCGGCCACCGUCCACCAUUCACGAAUCAUGACCUUCUUGCUCCAAAGUCUAAUUUUUUCGUGAGCUGAAUAUAGGCUGACAUGGCGAAUAGCAAGUAUGAGUAUGUAAAAUCGUUUGAAAGCGAAGAUGAAGUGAUGUAUCCAAACUUGAUUGUAGUUCGAAUUGAUGGUCGCAAUUUUGCAAGAUUUUCUGAAGUUAACGAGUUUGAAAAACCGAAUGACGAAAGAGCUCUAAAUUUGAUGAACUCUUGUGCAACCUCGGUGUUGGAGAAGUACCCGGAUAUAAUCUUGGCUUAUGGUUUUAAUGACGAGUACAGUUUCAUCUUCAAGAAGGAAACCAAAUUUUAUCAAAGGCGUGCCAGCAAGAUCCUCUCGCUCAUUGUCUCCUUCUUUACAUCUUUAUAUGUGGCGAAAUGGAACGAGUUUUUUCCCCACGCGGAAAUGAGAUUUACUCCUUCGUUUAAAUCAAGAAUCGUAUGUUGUCCAUCAAUGGAGGUUCUUCAGGCAUAUCUUGCAUGGAGGCAAAGAGAAUGUCAUAGUAAAAACCAGUACAAUACAUGCUUCUGGAUGUUGGUUAAAAGUGGCAAAUCUGAAACAGAAGCCUACAACAUCUUGAAGGGCACUCAAAAGCAAGAACAGAAUGAGAUUUUAUUCCAACAAUUCGGUAUCAACUACAAAAAUCUUCCAAGCAUGUAUCGCCAGGGUUCUUGCAUUCUCAAAACAGAGGUUGAUGAAACCGUAAAGAUUCAUGACAAAGAAUCCCCUGUGAAAAGAUCGAGGAAGAUGGUUAAAACUGUCCAUUCAGAAAAUAUAGCUUCUAGAAGUUUCUGGAAUGAUUAUUCCUAUCUUUGCAAGGAGCUAGGCUGUUUUGAGCAGAAUGUGAAUAAUAUAAAACACGAGUACUUGAAAUUGUUUCAGUCCGAGAACAAGUUGCUUCCAUUUACUUGGAUUGUCAUAAGAAUAGACGGCUCUCAUUUCCACAGAUUUUCUGAGGUUCAAGGAUUUGAGAAGCCUAAUGACGAGCAGGCGCUGAAACUAAUGAACGUGUCUGCGGUUGCUGUGUUAGAGGAGUUUAAUGACAUCGUAUUUGCGUAUGGAGUUAGUGAUGAAUACAGCUUUGUUUUGAAGAAGAAUUCCCAGCUCUAUCAAAGACGUGCCAGUGAAAUAGUAUCUGCCGUUGUUUCAUUUUUCUCUUCUACGUAUGUUAUAAAAUGGAAAGAGUUCUUCCCGGAAAAAGAAUUAAAGUACCCACCAAAUUUUGAUGGAAGGGCUGUCUGCUAUCCAUCGUACGAGAUUAUUAGAGAUUAUUUCGCUUGGAGACAAGUUGACUGUCAUAUAAAUAAUCAGUAUAACACUUGCUUUUGGAUGCUAGUCAAGUCUGGUAAAAGCACAAGGGAAGCUCAAAGUCUCUUAAAGGGUACUCAAGCACUGGAAAAGAAUCAGAUGCUCUCUCAGUUAUUCGGUAUUGAUUACAAUACGUUGCCCGUCAUAUUUCGUAAUGGCUCAUCCGUAUUCUGGGACAAGGAGAUGGUGACGGAUAAUGGGGUCGUUGCAAAGUCUCACAAGAAGGUGGUUGUUGACCACCCGAAUAUAAUUGAAGAUGACUUCUGGGGGGCCCACCCGCUCAUACUUGAAACGACAUCCCCGAGGUCCUUAUCCCUUUCUUUGACAUGAAUACAUGAUAUAUAUUAUGUAGGGCGGGGCCCAGUAAACCAACUAAACCAAAGCAUUUUUGCUUGUUCGGUUUGUUGGUUCUAUGUUGUUGCCGGAAUUAUCAGACAAAGUAGCACCAAGAUACGCAGCCGGAAAAGGAACACAUCAUGAACAUUCUCCCCCAAUUCAACAGUCGGUGUUGCAAGCCCUCUACCAAAUAUGACAUUUGCAGGCUGCCCAAAGUGGUUUGACUUCGGCUUUUCAAGAGACGGCUUUGUGUCAAUGAUGUGGUUCCUGGACCUGUAGUUGGAAGCUGCAGAACCCGAUAAUGAGGAUAUUGUAACAACUGGUUCAUAAUUGCUCAGCCUUUCGAUCAUCCAAUCCUGUUAUGAUUAUAUAUAUGUAUGCGUGGGCGUGAGUUUUUUUUUUGUCUAUUACUUUAUGCUUA